GGGAAAUAUAUAUUAUUCUGAUGAAACCAUAAAAAAAAUAAUUGAAGUUUACUUUUUACCGACAGCAGGUUCAAAAAGAGCGAGAAACUGCCAUUUUGUUACUGACAUUUUCAAACUACUUUUGACUAAGAAUAGUUAUAGAACCAACAGAACUAGUUAAAGCUAUGGAAAAUCUACCGAACUACCAGAAAAGUAUGCACCGUUCAUGGAAAAUUGUUCUGUUGGGCAUUUUAAUACUAGUGACGAAUGCUUCGAGCCAAAAUACCAUGGAUACAGACCUUGACCGAUUUUGUGAAGCAUGUAUUGUAAAUACAGGUGCUGGAUACUAUUCCCACCCACUUCGCUGUGAUGUUUUUGUUCACUGUUCCCAAAGUGGCGACAAUCGCACAGUAAUGGCUUCUGUAAAAGAAUGUCCAAAUGGCCUUUAUUGGUCCCAGGAAGAUCUGACCUGUCGACAUCCCUAUAACGUUUAUUGUCCUCAAGAUCCUUGCAAACAACCUGGAAGGAUUGCUUAUCGUGAGGUUUUUUCCUGUGCUGCCUACUAUAAAUGUAAAAACGGGACACGGGAAAGUCAACGUACUUGUUGCGAAGAUCGUUACAGAUUUGAUGAAAUUUCACAGGAAUGUGUGGAAGAUGAACUGUGUCGUUCCAACUGUCACAGCAAAAUUACUCUUGUGUCAGACAGUCCACCGCUAAUCCCACUUUGUACCAAAAAAGCAGUUUUAGAUGACAUACGCUUCUACAUACAAGACGUUCACGGCUACAAUUACCGGAUGCCGUGUCCUCUCGGAACCAUCUUCUCUGUUGACACAUGUUCCUGCAUCAGAGGUCGUCGAAAUAUCACAAACAUUAUUAAAAGAUGUGAACCCUUUAUUCACCUUCCUUUUGACAAAGAUUGGAAGGAUUACUCUAAAUAUCCUAAGGGAACUGGAGCCAGAUCAGUCACUAUUCUCCCUGUAGAGGGAGCCUCAGGUUCUGCUGCUGCUUUUUUUAAUGACUCAUCUGUUACUGUUUGGGCAUUGAACAAUAUGUUUUUUGGCUCCAACUUCACUCUUUCCUUUCGAUUCCGACCAGCUGAGACGACAAAUGGCCGAUUUGCUCUCGUCGAUAACAGCGACUGUGAUAAAAGUGCGACAUUUGGUGUUGCCUAUGAAAGGACUGAAAUAUCCAGAACUAUCUAUGGUGGCUUUAUUUUGAAUGAUGAGUCAGUGGUGAGACUGCAAGCUGAUUUGAAACCUGAUCAAUGGCAUAGCGUGACUCUUUUGAAAACUGGCUAUCGUGUGGAACUGUGGGUUGAUGGCCUGAAAACUUCCAAAUUAGGAAACGCUGAUAUUAAGCGACUGGAUUGUUCUUUAACUAUUGGAAGAGGGACAAAUCUGGAUCCUUUUAUUGGAUUUAUUGAUGAUUUGCAGUUUUUUAAAUGUACUCCAGAGGAAUACUUUUAAUGGAUACCAAAUAAUAACAACAACAACAAGGAAUCAUGACCAAUAGCUUUCUUCCAUGGGAAAGUCCAUAUAUUUCAUUUAAAAUGUAGUUUAUUCUUUAAAAAUAAAUUGUUGAUGUUAUAUAAAAAAAACUGUAAUCUUCAAAAUUAAAAAAAACAACUAUAUAACAUAAAAUAUGGCUGUAAAA